AGGCUGUCCAGGAUGCGGGCUCUUCCCUCAAAGCGCCGGAGGGUGAGCACUGGGUGGGGGGUCCCCGCCGGGCACGGGCCCCUCACUGGCAUCGACACCACCCCUCCCCAGUCCUCAACGCCCGGCCAUGGCCCCGUGGACGCGCCUCCUGCCCCUGCUCGCCCUGCUGGCCCUCUGGGCGCCCGCCCCAGCCCCCGCUCAGGAUGGGGACAAGCACCUGUGCGGCGAGGAUCUGGUGGAUACGCUGUCCAUGGUGUGCGGAGAUCGGGGCUUCUACAAUCCCACGGAACGCCGGGAGCUGCCCAACACGCAGGGGGGGGCGGUGGGGACGGGCGCGGGCGGCCCGCAGGCCCUGGCCCUGGAGGAGAUCCUGCAGAAGCGCGGCAUCGUGGAGGAGUGCUGCUUCGGCAUCUGCUCGCUCUACCAGCUGGAGAGAUACUGCAACUAGGCCGCCCUGGGCCUGGCCGCUCCCUGCCCCCCAGACCCAAUAAACCCCUGAACCAGC